AUGUCCAACUUUGGAAGCAACGGUAGUGAAGAUAUGCCUAACUUUACUCUGGGAUGGAUUAGUGAAGACGAAAGGAAAUUAUUGGAACAUCUGUCUCCGCAACAAGCAUAUCCUUCUCAUGCACCACAGCAAGUAUACCCGACUCACCGACAUCUGCAGCUGCUGCAAAUCAGUUCAAAUUGGAUUUAUGAUACAGGGGGUCAAUGGAAUAUCCCAGCGACUGAAACAACAUCUUAUUUGAAAAAUUCUGGACAAGACAGACCAACCUUACUAUAUGGGUCUGAAGAACAUCUAUUCCAUGAGAACGAAUACGUGACGAAUCAUCAACGUCAGACAUCACUGAUUUCACAAAUAUUUUCAAGUCCAAAUUUGACUCAAGAUCCAACGAUUCAACCACUACAAAGACCACCACAAUCUCAAAAUGGACUAUAUCAGCUUCAAUACAAUUCAGCCCAGUAUCAAGGGAACUUACACCUUGAAGAGGUAAACCAAAUUCACCAGCGACAACUUCUGCACCCUGAAUACUCUAUUCAACUGCAAUUGUUUCAGCCGUCACAACAACCACCAAAUCAGCCAUUACAUGACCUGUACUUGGCAACACCGGUAUUUCAACAGUAUCAAUUUCCGCUGCCUUCUCGUAAUAUACGGCGAGGAGAAUCGGAAGCAGAUUCAAAUCCAGACAGGGGUAAAAUCUUUGUAUAUCCUUACGACGAAUCGGGUCCCUAUAUUGGGAAGUUGAGUCUAGCUGCUCUUCCUACGCCCUACUCUGUCAGUGAAGCCCUCUUACAAUGUCACGAGGCUGAAUUGGAACUAGUUGUUCUGAGUACAGAUAGGAAUAGUAAGCUUCCUAAGGGGAGGCCCCAUCGGAAACGAAGAAGAAAUCCUGAUGUCGAUAUUGGUUGGGCUCCUUUACCUAUAGCGUCACUUUUCAGUGAUUCCAGAGUCCAAUUCACUGCCAGACAAAAGGAAGUUUAUAUGAGACGAAUGAAGCAUGGUGUGUUAGGAGUGAUUAAUAUGAGAUCGAAGGGAGCUUGGACAAGAGGUCCAAAUAAAAAGCAUUAA